AGACGUCUAGGUAGACGUCGACCCCGUCGAGUUAGUUGGUUGUCAACGCUGUUUUCUAUCGAACAAUGUUUUUUAAUUCAACGAGAGAAAAAAAUGUCGAGGAAUUGUUCAGUUCCGAUUAUUCCGAUGACGAAGGCAACGACGUCAGAAAAAAAGAUUUGUACAGUCCAACAACCGAAUACGAAGAAUCGAUACAGGCUAUGUGUGAUAUUUAUGGACAAACUCCACCCAGAACACGUCUCAGUCGUAAGAAAAGACACAUGAAACAAAAACUGGCAGAAGGGGAGACAAAACUUGCGGAGAAGGAAUAUCGGCCAAAAGUUGGUAUUAGAAGAAGAAAUACUUUGGAUACAAUUAUUUUCAAUGUAAUGUGUGACGAGGCAGAUAAAUGUCGUGAAAAUGAAGCGAAGGAAGAAGUUGUGAAGGAAGGCAAUAGAAAAUCUAAAAGGAGUUUGAAGCUUUUGCGUGGAAAUGAAAGAGAUUUGAAACUUGAUGUUGAAGCAGCUCUUAAUUAUGCCGAAAAAUCAGAACGUUUGAUGCCAUACACACCAAAUAAUAUGAAAAUCGAAACGAAAAAUAGAUUUCGUAGUUUGCGAUCAAAACCGAUCGACGUAGAGGAGAAAAAGCAGGAAACAAAAGCCAAGCAUUUAACUGUUUUGUCGACCGAAAAAGAAAUCGUAUCGCAAUCGCCAAUGGCACAGAGUUAUUCAGAGCGACAGAUUUUUCAUGAUACAUUUUCCUUUCUUAUUAAAUUGGGAAGUACAGAACGUAAUUGUCGUAGGCAAAUGAGUCAUGAAGAAACUCGAUGGCAAAAUGAGUUGAAAGAUUUGAUCUGGUUGGAGUUACAAGCGCAUCAUGCUGAUCGUAGUCCAAUGGCUCAAGACGAAUAUCUGUGCAAACAACGGGAAGCAGUAGGCUCGUUACUUAAGGAAAUAAUAGAAUAUAGGUAUAAUCAAACUGUAAAUCAGACAACUUCGCCCUAUUCAAAUGAUUGCAACGAACAGAGUGUAAAUUCGGGCUCAGGAUCAGGAGUAGAGCAUACUUUAUGCUCGGGUUGUCUUUCUAUGUAUUGUCGAGCAUGCGUACGCGCGCAGGGAGAGGCCUUGAGACAAGUAGAAGGAUUGUUGGCUCGAUUAGAGGCUGCAGAAGCUUUAUAUCCAUCAUCACAGGCAUUUGCUGCUCAUUAUCCCUUAUAUAAGAGUCCAGAAUUUACUGGAAGAGUUAAAGCUAUGUGCCUGUGGUAUAAUAUGACUAAACAUCAUAGAUUAAAAUUACAGAUUUUAGGAAAAUUAUUGAUGAUGCUUCAUACUAAGAAAAAGCAAGAUGAAACGUCCGAUUCUGGCAUAAGUUCUCGAGCUUCGGAUAUGGCAGAUGGCUCGGAACCUCGACGAGCCAUGAUUCGUUUUGAAUUAUCUCAACAAGAUGAAGUUUCAAAUCCAUCUGACAGUAACAAUAGUAAUAAUUCGUCUCUUGGUGGCAUGUCCUUGGCACAGUCGUGGCCAUCUACUCCAGAAUCUUCGUUCUCAUACAUAGACGAUGAAAGACUCGACCGUCUUGAUUUUUAUUUAGUAGAAUUCGAUCGUCUGGCUUACAGAAAAUACAUAGAGGAUGUACUCAAGACUAGAGGACUGAGGAAGAGUCUUAAUUUCCUGGAAAGACUACAUAUUUCGGUACUUAGAAAAGCAAGACUCACUUUAGAGAAAAAUGAUGAGAACGAUAAUGAUAAUGUUACCGAGGAAUACGAUGGUGAUAAAGAAUUAAAGAGGUACGGCGUAUGGAGUGCAGAAGCCAAAGAAUUAAAUCUUCCAUCUUAUAGGGCUGCGUUUCUAUUCUUGUCUCGUGUUCCAUUAGACGUGGUGCACGAAUUUCUGAGAAUGAGAUUAGAACAAAAGCCAGAACAACCAAGUCCACUGUCAGUGCGUCAAUUAAUGCGCGAACUUCGAGAGGGACUUAGAAUUGCCUGUAUACAUCGAGAUAGAUUUUCUGCUCAUUCUUGCGCCGCCAUAGCCAGUGAUCCCUUCGCAUGUAAUACUCUUUUCGAGGCUGACGUGAAGGAAUUCGACGAGAGCUUGAAAGCCGUCUUCGAAGUUUAUUUAGAUUAUUUGCAACAAUGGGUAGACAUGGUCCAGCAUGAUAGCUUUCAUAAAAAUUUAAUAAUGGAUGAAUGGACCUUCGUUAAAUCUAUCGCUGGCGAUAUUAUUGAUGGAUAUAAAAUAGCUGGAGUUAAAUUUUGUGAAAUUGCCAGGACAAUGAUUAUACAAGUUAAAGAAUUUCUCGUGGAGCGACCUAAGGAGAUCAAGGAAUGCAUGGAUGACAGAGAAGAAGAUGGUGAAUGGUCAGGCAAAUUUCAUCUGAUGUAUGUGGGACGCGAAUGGCAAGGAAUGUUCGUGGAAGCUCGGGAAAAGGUUGUCAAGAGUGUUACCUUGGCUAAAUGUUUAAAGCGUGACAUAGAAAAAUGGUCAGCACUUAAUAACGAGUUAGAAGAAUCUUUGAUAGCGUUGAAGGAAAUAGUUAUGGAUCUGAGGCACCGUAUAACGAUAGUGAUCGAAGAGUUUCAAAACGAUCUUAAUCAAGCAGAAGAACCCAAAACUGAAUCCGAUCGUACAGCAAUGCGUUCUCGAAUCAGGGAAAUACUUCAUCAGGCCUAUAGAAUGGGAUUCGAUUAUCACAAAGAGAUGUGCAACUUUUUUUUGUCAGAAGAGAAAGCUGUUCUAGCGCGUGGCCUAGUAUCCUUCGCCCUUCUUUGGAUGGAAUUUGUAAGAGUCAGAUGUGAACGUGGAAGAGGCUUGAGACCUAGAUGGGCAAAUCAAGGCCUAGAAUUUUUGAUACUAGUUUGCGAGCCUCAUUACACCAAACAUUUGACUAACGUGGAAUUCGAGGAAUUAAAAACCUCGAUGGAUCGUUGUAUUUCCCAUGUCAUUGGAACAGCGUCCGUAUCACCUACGGAAAUAGAUACUUUGAAAAGAUUACCUCGAUCAAGAGCAUCUUCUCCGUCUCAUUCUCGUAGCAGAACAGCAAGUAUAAGUACCUUACAGAAGACCCGAGAUAUUCUAAAAUCGCCUGAACUUUUAUUGAAUACAAGAAAAUCAGUUUCACCAAAUUUAGUCGAUGGUGGCCUUUCAGUAAACUCGAAUAUGUCUAGACAAGAUAGAAUAAUCAAAGCUAUAAGAAAAGUAGAUCAUAAUAUCGACGAGAGAUUGAAAAAUCAUGAACUCAUUGGUCAAGUAACGGACAUGAGGGCUGUUGACAGAGUUCGUAUAAAAGCUAGACGAGUGACGUUCACUUGGCAAAGAGGAAUUAAAAUAGGUCAGGGAAGAUUUGGAAAAGUGUAUACCAUAGUAAAUAAUCAAACUGGUGAAUUAUUAGCAAUGAAAGAGGUUCAAUUGCAACCUGGUGAUCACAGAGCGAUUAGAAGAAUAGCAGAAGAACUUCAGAUCUUUGAAGGCAUACAACAUAAUCAUCUAGUCCGUUAUUAUGGCUUAGAAAUCCAUCGUGAAGAGAUGUUAAUAUUUAUGGAAUUUUGUGCAGAAGGAACGUUGGAAAGUUUAGUAGCCGGAAGUGGAAAUGGUUUACCCGAAUCUUUAGUUAGAAAGUACACUCAUCAACUUCUUUUAGCCGUAGUAGCUUUACAUUCCCAUGGUAUUGUUCAUCGUGAUAUUAAAACUGCAAAUAUUUUUUUGACAAAUGAGGGCAAUUGUUUAAAACUUGGAGAUUUUGGUAGCGCAGUGCAAAUAAAAGCACAUACUACAAUGCCUGGAGAACUUCAAGGAUUCGUUGGCACUCAAGCUUAUAUGGCACCAGAAGUAUUUAUGAAGACUGAAAGCAUUGGACAUGGUAGAGCAGUAGAUAUAUGGUCUGUUGGUUGUUGUAUCGUUGAAAUGGCCAGUGGACGGAGACCAUGGUCGGAAUAUGACUCCAAUUAUCAAAUUAUGUUUAAGGUUGGCAUGGGUGAAACUCCUGCGAUACCGAAGACUCUAUCUUUAGAGGGUAUAGAUUUAAUCAAAAAAUGUUUGCAACAUGAUCCAAAAAAAAGAUAUACCGCUAAUACUCUUUUAACGCUUCCUUUCGCACAAACGUACGAGGACGUUAAUGCUGAUUUAAAUGUUACACGUUUUUGAUCCUAAUUUUAAAGAUAUAUAUCUAUAUGUAUAUAUACACAUACAUAUAUAUCGAUUGCCAUUUAUAGUUAAAAAUGAUGUAGUUUAAAUAUGUUGGAAAAAAAAUGUUUUAUAUAUAUAGAAAGGAAGCAAGCUGUCGUCCACUCGGAUUAUAUUUUUUAAUCGAAGGUUCCUUCCUUAUCGACGUGAUAUACUACUAUAAAAAAUGAUUUCUUCGGAAAUAUUGAUAAUAUAUUUUUAACAAUCCUAACAGAGAUCUUAGAAGAAGAUGAUCUAUAUUUUAUAUAAUCAAAUGAAAAUUUAUUAGAUAUCUCAGGAUAAAAACAAAAUCGAACAAGUACGAGUGUGAUGAUAGACGAGUUAGAAUAAUAGUUGGACUAAUUAUUGUCACAUUCCAUAUAUCAUAGAUGUGAAUAAAGCUAAAAUGAAAUUUAAUGUGGAUAAGAAAAAAGAGGAGAUUCUAAAUGAAUCAACUCUAUUCACAAAAAGACCAUACUUCUGUUAUGUGGUGUUGUACAAUUGCACUAGUAUGGAAUUUUAGAGAUGUAUACUAUACAUCUAAUGUUAGAGAUAUAUAUAUAUAUAUAUAUAUUUGUAUACGUAUAUAUGUAUCAUUUUCAUAAUGUAGAACACCAUAUUUAAUAGAUAAUGUGUUGUUAUUCGAGGUAUGUACGCACUAUAUUUGUGAAAUAUAUCGCGUUAGAGAACAAAAAUAUUUAAUCAUCAAUCAAUUAUCAUAAUCAAAUAAUCCAUCAAUCAAUUAGUUUAUUGAUAGCACAAGAGGAAAACAUACACUUAAUGCGAGACACAUACACAUAUGUAUUACUUAAUAAAUUUCUUAUGCAGAGGUAUGCUGUGUAUAUUUUCUGCGUUAACAGAAAAAGUCGAUCGUAUUUUUAUAACUCGUUUAAAACACUAAGAGAUCGUAGAUGUUUUAUGUGCUAGAGUAUCCAUGCUGUGUCUGUCUAUGUCCUGUGUGUUUGUGUGUGUGUUUCGUACAUCCAUCAAUAAUCCACCAAUCAAUAAAAUAAUAGAUUUAUAAGUAUACAUACAACGAUAUAUUAUUUUUAUAAUUUCAUUUAAAGAUUAUAUUAUUUAGACGGUUAAACAUUGAUAAACAUUCACGAUAAUGUUUCUUUUUUUUUUUCGUACGCACUUAUAGAAACUAUUACAUAUUUCUUAAUGAUAAACACGUAAACAUUUUUAUCUAAUCGAGAUUUUCCCCUCAGUUACGUGUUGAUAUUCGAUUAGUUUUAUAAUUUAACUAUUCUGAGGGAAAAGAACACUCGAAGAUCAUCACUACGUUUGGCAUUCGCCUGAUAUGCGUGUGAUAUUCUUGGUCGCAGAUAUGCGAUCACAAUAGUUUCUUACGAUAUGUUAAUAAUAAGAUAUAUAUGCGUAUAUAUCUAUAGUAAAGAAAAAAGUAUUCGUACAGAAGGAAUGCAUUUCCAGGAAUGUGUUACUGUUGUACGAAUACUUUUUAUCUUCAUUUUAUAUUUAUAAUAUAUAUACUAACAACAUUGCAUUCUUUCCCUUAUAACUAAUAGAUAUUUUCUUUUUUCUUUUUGUUUCUUUUUCGAUUUUUUUGUUGUUUUUUGCGAUCUCAAUCGCAAAAACAGAAUUCUUUUUUUUUUUAUAUACUGUAUAGAAACAUGUAUAUAUACUUAAUAAAUAGCAACACAUAACAUUAAUACGCAUACAUGUAUGUGUAUAUGUGUACUUGAUCAUUAAUAAGUGUAUAAUAUAUGAUAUAAUCUAUUCUUAUUUUUUCAUGUAAUCAACAAUAUUGAGAAGAGACUCCGUUGGGUAUUUUUGUAAACUUUCCACGCAAAAUCUUCAGUUUUUUUAUUUAAAUAAGUAAUCAAAAACGCGAAAGCGCUAAAUUUUGAUGUGUGUUUUUUCUUUAAACUCUGAAUAUAUCAAAACUCGUUUGAGAGAUUAAAAUAAUAUUAUAACGAAAUCAUUUUCCUCGCGACAACAUAUAUAUAUAUAUAUAAAUAUAGAUUAAAACAAAAAUUGAACUAGAUGUAAUAUGUAUAUCAGCGACGAACAAUCGCAUAUUGAAUUUAUGAAAUUUUGUCCAUUAUUUUUUCAUUUUUUCUUUUUUAAAUUCAAACGAAAUUCAUUCUUCUAAAAUAUAUAUAUAAUAUUGACGAAUUUUAUUUUUCAUUGCUUGGUUUCUUCUCAUCAUUGUGUGUGUGUGCUUAUUUUUAUAUAUGUAUGUCUAAUCAUAUAUGUGUAUAUAUGUAUGUAUACGUAAAAAUACAAAUUAUUAAAACUUAUAAUCAAUAGGAUAAAAAGAACCGAGCAUGCGUAAAAAAAUGUGCGAGUUUAAUAUAUUGACUCGACUAUGAUCGUGUUUUUUGUUUUGUUUUUUUUUUUCCCUUAUUAACUCUAGCUAAUUAGAAUCUCG